AUUAUAAAGUUCUCAUUAGUGCAGUUUUCAUUGUUGUAAUCAGUUGUAAGAGUUAAAUUUUAAUUAAAUAUUUUAAAGGGUGCAUUAAUCAAACUUUAAAAUGCCCGAUAAUAUAAUGAUAAGACAAGAGAUGCGUAGAUCUAUUUCUAUGCCAGUUAAACCUCGUCAUUGUGAACAAGAUCCUCUCCAGCGUUCUGAGGAAAAAGAAAUUCUUUAUGAUGAUGAGGAUGAUCGCUACAAUAGUCAAGAUUCAGAUGAAUUUUUAGCUCUAAUAAAUAAAUCUAAGCCAAACCGUUGGAUUGGGAGUACAAUAGAACUUAAUACGGAUUUAAGAAAUAACGAUGUAGAUAUUGGUCGACCUCGAAAACGAAUCUGUCGUGUGCUUGAACAAGAUGGCCGUGAAAACGUUCAGUUUCUAAAAGUUCCAGAAAAAUCAUUGAGAUAUUGCAAGGAUUUUGUUACGACGUUGAUUGAAUUAGAAUGGAAAUACACAAUUGGAAUUUUUGUAGCAAGUUUUUUUACGAGCUGGUUCUUUUUUGGAGUACUAUGGUAUUUGGUGGCUUACACCAAUGGCGAUUUAACUAUCGACGAAGCUACUGGAAAAUCGAUGGGAAAAGGUAGAGAACCUUGUGUUCUUGGUGCAACAACAUUUAUGGGUAUGCUUUUGCAUAGCAUUGAAACACAAACGACUGUUGGAUUUGGUGUCCGAACUCCAAGUGCAGAUUGUCCCGAAAGCAUGUUUGUAUUUAUUUUGCAAAUUAUUGCAUCUAUUGGAAUAGAGGGCGCUAUGAUCAGUAUUAUAUAUGCAAAAACAGCUCGACCAACAAGACAAUUGGCUAAAAUGAGAUUUAGUAAUAAGGCUGUUGUUUGCUGUCGAGAUGGCAAACUAUGUUUGGUGUUCAGAGUUUGCGAUCCAAGGAAGCAGCAGGUUAUUGGGACAAAAAUUCGUGCUUAUGUCCUGAUUAAUCGAGUCACUACUGAGGGCGAAUUACUCAAGACUCAUGAAGAGUUACAACUCGAGUGCAAUGGAAACUCAUUGAUUGUUUGGCCAGAAUGCAUAUGCCAUGUGAUUGACAAAAAUAGUCCGUUUAGUAAUUUUCAAACAGCAAAAGAUUUCAAUAACGGUUCCUUUGAAAUAUUUGUAUCAAUUGUUGGAAGCUCACCUGCUACCGGUCAGCUAACUGAAGAAAGGACUUCGUAUAUAUCAAAAGAAGUGUUUUGGGGACAAAGAUUUGUCAAUAUUAUUGUUUAUGAUCCUCAGAAUGAUAGAUAUAUAGUGGAUUAUGCUAACUUUAAUACAACAAUAUCGGUUGAUAUGCACGGUAGAAGUAUAGAAGAUGAAAAAGAAGAAUAAAUCAUUUAUUAACGGUUCAUUCAAGCAUUAUUUUGAUUUAGUAUUAUUAUUGUGGUAAUAAAAAUUAAUACCUUUAUGUACCUACUUUUCAAAUUGUGAAACGUUUAUUUCUCAAAUAAAUCAAAUUAAUUGAAUAAAAAUUAAAUUUGAAUAAAGUCAAAACAAUAAUUUGUAUUGUUGGCAUUGAUAUCCCGAUUUUCAUAA